AUGGAUGAGCCUACGCUCGACCAUCGCCACGUUCAGGUCUCAUUCUUCACGAAUGAUGAUCGGCUGGUAGCUACUACUUUCCAUGGUGAUAUCAUCCUUUGGAAUACUGCUGGAAAAAAACUUGGCGAGUUCCCAAAAGGCAAGGGCGAGGCGUACAAAUGCUCCGAGAUUUUGAAGGAGCCAACAGGAAAGGAUUCCUCGUCGGGAAAUGGCCUCACCCUGGCCGUCAGUGGGCUGAUGGCUACUAUUUCCAUUUAUGAGUGCGUUGAGGGUUCAUUCGUUGAAAAACAACAACUACGCGGUCACGAACGGACUGUCAAUUCGUUGUCGUUGAGCAAGGACGAAACUCGCAUGAUCUCUGGCUCGAUCGAUUCGCAUCUCAAAGUGUGGAAUAUGGAGGAAAAUGCCCCGCAAAUCGAGAAAGCUAAAGAGAAUGACGACAACAGUAAACGAAGGAAAGUCUGCACGACGAUGACUCCAAUGGUCACGUUGGGAGGACAUAAGGACUCUGUGACGGCGGCUUACACAUCGAUUGACGUCAAUAAGAAGAAUGGUCUAGUUAUCGCUGGAUCAGCCGACGCCCUGCCAAGGCUUUACGAUACGCGAAGCACAGAAGGAAACGUUGUCAAACAAUCCUAUGUGGGCCAUCGCGGCUGGAUCUCGUCUGUGGCUUGGCAUAUGGACCAAGAAAAUGUGUUCGCCACUGGUUCCUAUGAUAAUGUCGUCAAAAUGUGGGAUGUCAGGAGUGGAAAAACAUCACUAUUCGACCUCCACGGCCACGAUGAUCGUGUAUUCUGCGUUGCCAGCGGCCCUAAUGAGGAGGAGCCGAAAGAAGAGCCGCGAUUCGAAUGGCAGCGCAAAUACCAAGCCCCUCGGGAAGAAUGGGCCAAAGGAAAUCAAAACAUUGUCGAUCAACCUUUCGGCAUUCAAGUUCGUCAUGUUCGCUGUGUACGCUGCCACAAAUGGGGGCAUCUCAACACCGACAGUGAAUGCCCGCUUUAUGGGAAGAGCGGGAAUUUCGAAGAUGAAGGAUAUGCCAACAACCCGUCGGAUCUCCUCAAACAGGCACGCAAGAAUAGACUAAUUGCUGAACGCGAAAAGGCUGGCCCCAGUACCAAGGUUGAUGUCAAUGACUUGCGCGAGGAUGAGCCUGAUAAGGUGCAACUCGCUGAAGAAAUGCGUGAAGAACAUGGACUUCGGAUCAAAGGCGGCAUCUUGGACACGCUCAGGAUGGACGAUCAGCUGGCAAAGCUCGGAACCAAGGUUGUUAAGAAUGAAGCUGAGGCAAUGAAAGAGUUCUUGAUGACCAUGACUGAGAAGGACAAGAAAAUCUUAAUGAAAAAACUAAUGGGCGGGGAGAAGAAAUCGAAGAAGGACAAGAAAAAGGAGAAAAAGGAGAAGAAGAAAGCGAAGGAACUGAAGAGACUCAAGAAGGAAAAGGAAUAUGAAGCGUUGAAACAGCUGAAGCACACCCUUGAAGCGGCGAAGCGAGAACUUGAAUUCGAGAUUGAAACCGACAAAAGC